CAGGCCGUCUCCCGGGUGCACACUUCUGAAGGACAGCAGAAAUCCGUGACGUUCGUCACACGAACUGGGGGCUUUGCGUAGAGCGGAGCUGGAAUGGGAAAUCACAGCAACAACCAUACCUGCGUGACGGACGACUCCUUCAAGUACAACCUCUACGGCGCCGUCUACAGCGUGGUCUUCAUCCUGGGCCUGAUCACCAACUGCGCCUCCCUGUUCAUGUUCUGCUUCCGCAUCAAAAUGCGGAACGAGACGACCAUCUUCAUGACCAACCUGGCCUGCUCGGAUCUGCUCUUUGUCUUCACUCUCCCCUUCAAAAUCUUCUACAAUUUCAACAGGCACUGGCCCUUCGGGGACACUUUGUGCAAGAUCUCGGGGACCGCUUUCCUGACCAACAUCUACGGGAGCAUGCUGUUCCUCACCUGCAUCAGCGUCGACCGCUUCCUAGCUAUCGUCUACCCGUUUCGGUCUCGUACCGUUCGGACGCGAAAGAACUCGGCGAUCGUGUGCGCGGGCGUCUGGAUCCUGGUUCUCAGCGGGGGGAUCUCGGCCUCCUUGUUUUCCACCACAAAUACCUCCAACACGAGCACGACCUGUUUCGAAGGCUUUUCCAAGCGCAUCUGGAAGACCUACUUGUCCAAGAUCACAAUAUUUAUUGAGGUGGUGGGCUUCAUCAUUCCCCUGAUGCUCAACCUCACCUGCGCCUCGCUGGUGCUGCGGACUCUGCGGAAACCGGAUACCCUUUCCCAGAUCGGCACAAACAAAGAGAAAGUCCUCCGGAUGAUUGUGGUGCACGUGGCUAUCUUCAUUGUAUGCUUUGUGCCCUACAAUUCCAUCCUUUUCUUGUAUGCUCUCGUCCGGUCCCAAGCCGUCACUAACUGCUCCUUGGAGAGAUUUGCGAGGACCCUGUACCCCAUCACGUUGUGUGUCGCCACCCUGAAUUGCUGCUUUGACCCCUUCAUCUACUACUUCACUUCGGAAUCUUUUCAGAAGUCUUUCUAUAUCACGUCGGACGUCAAAAGCGAUUCCCUUUGCAGGACCGAAACCCCCCUAACGACCCAUCCGGUCCUGCCCACGAUCCAGGAGGAGGCGAGGGUCCAGGCCUUUAGGAAUGGGAGAGAUCUGAUGUCUGAGUCACACUUUUGAUACCGGGGCCUUCGGCAUCAGCUCUGUGUCAGGAACUGGGUUCAAGAGAGGACUCCACAUCACCUCUAAUGUAGGAGAAUGGUGCUGAUUCCAAACUCUGAACGAUGGGAACUAUACAGGAAUAGUUUUUUAAAAAAACAAAACCGCAACCUGGGUGGUCUAACUAUCUUCAUCAACUAGCUCGUCAUAUGUUAAUUCAAAUAACAUUACCUGUAUGUAUUGCCCCUAUGCUUUUGAAGCUAAUAAAUAAUAAAACAU